AGUCGCAAGAUGGCCGACGUCGCAUGAAAGUAUGGUCCUCUCCUCAACAUGAAGUCGUGAGUGAGACAGAUAGCGAGGGAGCUUACGUCGGGCGUUUGUUUUUGUUUUAUUUUAGUUGUUUUACUUUAUUUUUCCCUUAAUUAUUCAUCUCAUUCCGAAUCGUGGCUUCCCUCGAUUUGUCUCGACUAGUUGACGCGUCAAUCACGCCGGGAUCUUGGCUAACUGGCUAAUUGCGCGAGCUAGUUUGUUAGCCGCAAACUGUAGCUCUUAUAACUUCACCAGUACAAGAAAACCGUACUGUAACCAGUGUCAGUUAGGUACAGUUUUAAUAACAGCGAGCGUGUUGUAUAGCUACUGCGUAGUCAUUGUUUAAAUUGUAUUGGAUGGGGUGCAUAUAGGAUUUAUUUUGAUGUUAUCAACAUGGUCGACAUUAUAACUGUAGCGUGCGCGCCGUUAUCCUCCAUCGUUACAUUGUAGACAGUGGUUAUGGUUUUUACGGUGCAAUAUUGUAUUUAAUAAAAUCGGAUACGUCGUACUUUGAACUAUAACACUGGCACGUCACUGUACCACGUUAAGGAAUGGACACACAUUAUACCUACACGACCAAAUGUAAAAAAUAGCCACACAUAUCUGUAAUUUCACAGGGGUUUUGGCUGGCAUUUGCAUUUGUCGGGACAUUAACCGGACACACCACAUAGGACACAUUUCAGUUUUUAGUUAACCAACUACUACAGAACAAAACAAGCCACACACUUUGACUGAGUAAUCUUCUCAAUAUACGGUUCAGACUUCUCGCGUUUUUAGACAGUCGUGCAAAUAACACACGAUAUGGGGGUUCAAGGCUUUCAAGAGUAUUUGGAGAAACGUUGCCCCGGGGCGGCAGUUCCAGUAGACCUACUCAAGCUCGCACGAACAGCAGGCCGUCAGCCCCCACAUUAUCACCACCACCACCACCAUCCAAACUCGCUGCCUCCGCCUCCCCCGCCAGCUCGCAUUCUCGUUGACGCAGACUCUGGCCUUCAGCGGCUUUAUGGGGGCUACCAGACCGACUGGGUUUGUGGAGGCGAAUGGAACGCAAUGCUCGGCUAUCUGGCGGCGCUCUCCCAGGCCUGCUUGUAUCAGGGCGGACUGGAGCUGGUGGUGAUUUUUAACGGCACACUUGGGAAGGAUCGCUGGCCGGAGUGGGCGCGGCGGGCGCAGGGGCAGAGGCAAACAGCGCAGCUUAUCGUCAACCACGUCGGCAGCAAAGCCACGCCCCCUCCGCGGGCCUGGUUUCUGCCCCCUGCCUGCCUGAGCCACUGUGUCCGCCUCGCUAUGUUUCGAUUCCGCGUGCGGGUGGUACAGACCCUUGAGGACCAUCACCAGGAGGUGCUAUCCCUCUACAGAGACUACGGUUUUCAGGGUCUGAUCGCACAGGACUCCGAGUUUGCGCUAUGCAACGUCCCAGCCUAUUUCAGCUCACAUGCUCUCAAGCUCUCCUGGAAUGGCAAGAAUCUUACCACUCACCAGUACCUGCUGACAGAGGCUGCUCGCCAACUUGGCCUCAAGACCCAGCACCUGCCCAUCUUUGCUGCUCUACUCGGUAACCACAUUCUGCCAGAUGAAGACUUGGCUGCCUUUCAUUGGAGUCUUCUGGGGCCAGAACACCCUCUAGCCUCACUCAAGGUAAGGGCUCAUCAGUUAGUUCUCCCACCCUGUGAGGUUGUCAUCAAGGCUGUAUCUGAGUAUGUGGCGUCUAUCAAAGAUCUUGGGAAUUUGGAUUUGGUGGCCAAGGAUGUUUUUAAGCAGUCACAGUCUCGAACUGAAGACAAAGUUGAAAGAUUUAAGAAGGCAGUGGAUUAUUUUUCAGUGGCCAGUAAACCAAGACCUCUUUCCAUGGGACCUUCUCCUUACCUCUUUCCAGGUUUUGGGCCUAGUCAGUUUAGUGGACCUCCAGGCCACAUGGGGGCAAUGCCGCCUGGCAAAGCUCAGUUUGGUCCACCCCAGGUGUCAGGUGUUAAGGUGCCUUAUCCAGGUGGGCUAUUUGGAUCCAGCCCUGCCAUUGGUCCUGCCCUUUUAUGCCAGAACCCCACACAGCCUCUACAGGACUGUAAUGAUUCACUAGUUGGGAAAAUGGGCUUUGCUGAUUGGUCUGCACCGUAUGAUUCCUCUCAAGGUGGCAACCGACAGCCCAAUCAUCACUCAGCUGCUCCAACAGGCCCAUCCCCUUCAUCGUCAUCAUCUUCAGAUGGGGAAGAGCAAAAUGACACCAGCUCUAAUCAUUUGGCUGACAAGUCUUUGAGAUGGGAAGAUCCCAGUGGACGGGGAGGCGGGGCCUCUGGGGACAGUCACCACGGUAUUGGAAGUGGCCCUGCUAUCCCGUCAUUGCUGUCCAUGCCAACACGGAGUCACAUGGACAUCACAACGCCACCCCUUCCACAGGUCAGUGCUGAGGUGCUGAGAGUGGCAGAACACAGACACAGAAGAGGACUCAUGUACCCACAGAUCUACCACAUCCUGACCAAGGGGGAGAUGAAGAUGCCCGUGUGUAUAGAGGAUGAGUGCAACCCAGACCUGCCACCUGCCUCGCUACUUUUCCGUUCUGCCCGCCAAUAUGCCUACGGGGUGCUGUUCAGCUUGGCUGAGACCCAGCGGAGGUUGGAGAGACUGGCCAUGCGCAGACGCAGUCCAGUUGACGUGCCCCCAGUGAUUGUAAAGGAGUGGUGUGCCAGUAAAGCUAAAUCUGCCCUGACUCCAGAGCUCGUCCCAGCCCUGUGUUUCCGUGAGUGGACAUGUCCCAACCUGAGGCGGUUGUGGCUGGGCAGAGCCUCAGAGGACCGUAGCCGCCGCACUAGAGCGUUCCUGGCAUGCAUGCGCUCAGACUGCCCUGCCCUUCUCAACCCGGCUUGUGUGCCGUCUCACCUGCUGCUCAUGUGCUGUGUGCUCAGGUAUAUGAUGCAGUGGCCGGGAGGCCGCAUUCUUCAGCGCCAUGAGCUUGAUGCCUUUUUGGCUCAAGCUGUGUCCAACCAGCUCUAUGAGCCCGACCAACUUCAGGAACUCAAGGUGGAGAAGGUGGAUAACCGUGGGGUACAGCUGGCCUCUCUGUUCAUGAGCGGUGUGGACACUGCCUUGUUUGUGAAUGAUGUAUGCGGACAGCCCCUGCCAUGGGACCACUGCUGCCCUUGGGGCUUCUUUGAUGGAAAGUUGUUCCAGAGCAAGCUAGCUAAAGCCACCAGAGACAGAGCCUCCUUACUUGACAUGUGUGAAGGCCAGGAGGAACUGGUUUCAAGGGUGGAGAAGAUGCGCCAGGCCAUUCUAGAAAGCAUCAACCUCUCCCGACCGCCUCCCCCUCCUCCACCACUGCCACCCCCUGCAUUCCUCCCCCCUGCCAUGGUGCCUCCUUUCCACCCCAUGCAUCAUCUGUACCCUCCUCGACCCCUGGGCUCCAUGCCACCACCAUAUCAUCACCCCCAGCACCGGCCCAGGGCCUUCCCAGGAAUCCAGUCUAUACCUCCCCAGGGUGGCAAGCUGGAAAUUGCUGGCAUGGUUGUUGGUCAGUGGGCUGGAAACAAGCCACUACGUGGCAGAGGGGGAUUUAAUAUGCAGGUGGUGUCAGUAGGAGGAAGAGGAAGGGGUAAAGAGCUAGCAUCAAGAGGAAGAGGAGGGAAGAAAAUGACCACAAACAAAACACAGACACUUUCGUCAUCACCUCCCUCCUCAAGCCCCCCAAAGCUCAGCGAGGAUCCAAAAGCGGUGGGGCGGCCUGCUGGACCCCAGGAGGGAACAGAGACUGUAUCGCAGCAGCUGAACGGCAGCUCUUCAGGAAGCGCCACUGGUCAAGACCUUGACCUGCCACCACUGGCCCAGCCAAUCCAGUGUGCCUUAGCCAGCAGAGACAACCAGUCAGAAGAUGACGUGGAGGUAGAGGCCCCUUGUUGCCUUGACGACUGCCCGUCAGAUGGUGCACUACAGAAAGAGGAGUAAUUACAUCCCAUAACCUAACGAGAGCGUGAAAGGGAAUGAUCUAAGGUUGACUGCCUUUUCCUUGCUAAAUUAAAUAUGUAGGGCACAGUAGCCACUUUGUGUUAUCAUGAUAUAAUGUAAGAUGCAACACAUGCUGGAAACAACAGGUGGACAGUGACAGGAAUUUGGUCCGUGUCACCUUACGAGGCGGUUCUGGUUUCAAACUUAGCAAGUUUAAAUCACAACCCUCGACUGCACAUCGCCCUGAAUCUUCAGAUUCUGGACCAUUUUUUUCCACUGGCCAAUCGGUGUUGUAGCAUAGUGAAAAGCUCUUUUAUUUCAGUGUCAUUUUAUUUUUUAGAGCCAUGGUAUAUUAGUGGUGUCGCUGAUAUAUCUAUGAUUGCCAAAUAUGGCUACGAAAGGCCCUUAUUGCCCAAAUUAUAUUUUAAAAUAUCUACUAAAAACACUGUUGCACCGUGUUAUACAGCACAGCAUCACCCUGCUCUAAAGUUUCUACCACACAGCAAAGAAUUACACUAUAACCCUUACUGCAGUGCACCACAGACAACACUGCCCUGAAUACAGUAGAAGAAUGGAAACUUAUGGAAAACACGGGUUGUUAUUUGUAUGUCACAGUGUGAAAUCACACACACAUGGUAGUCCCUUUUUUUUGCCAUUUCUGACAAAGUUGCCAUUGUCUUGCAGGCAGUGAAAGGUUUCUAAAGACGCGUUUCUUAGAGGCAUCUUUAAGUGAGAAUGAGGAAGAACAAUUUAACAUCUGAGACGUACAGGUUGCACUUAGCAUUGCGUUGCUCAACUCUUGAUUUAUUUCACAUAUAUUUGUGAUGAUCUUGUCGGCUUCUUGUGAGCCCACAUCCCCUUUAGGAAUAGUAAACACAGCACUUCAACUUGAUCCUAACUAAAGACCUAUAAAUAAAAUAUUUAAAGCACCUUAAGGUUAUGAUAUGCAAGCUCCUCUCAAUAAUGAGGAAGAAAUGCCCCUUAAAAUGGAUUGUAUUCUAACAUAGAGCACUUAAAAUAUUAUUUAUCAAAAGACAGUACUGCCCUAUAUAGUAGCUUGAUCUAUUUUACAGAGCUUUUGACAGUUUAACUGUCCAUAUGAGCUUUUACCUUGCGUGUUGUUUACCAGUAUGACGUAUAAAUUGGCACCAACCCAUCUGAGUGUGAGAAGUGAGUGUGUUGUACCUGCAUCUUGUUUAAAAAAUGAAAACACACUGGGUUGUCCUCGAACCAGGAUAAAGAAAAAUCGAGGCCUCUGCUAGAGUUAGGGAGGAAGCGAAACAGUGUGUUCAGAGUGAACCAUGAUACUGUUCGACAUCCCAGCUGAUUGUAUAUAGACCCAAAUGUACAUGAUCCUGUUAAUCAAUGAUGUGAUUUAGAAGAGUGAUUUUAUCAGUGGUCGAGAAUGCACACAGUCCCUCAGACAGUCCUUAAAAAUCUGCCGUUUGACACCUUCACUAUGCUUUCUUAUGAAACGUUUGAUUUCAAUUUGAGUUCUCUUCUCAGCGGUUCGGCUCUUCUGGCCCUCCUGUCGAUCACGUCUUCUCUCUGCCUUGUGCAUGUGUACCAUGUGGAUGUUUCGUGUGCAUGUGCAUUCUUCCACCAUCGCUAAAAUCGUCAAAUUCGGAAUAAUGAAAGUAAUUAUUACUGAACGGAACCGUAGGAUCACCUUCUAUUGUGACAGUCAUUUAAAAAAGUCAGUGCUUCUCCAGACCGUUUGUGACAACAAUCUCUCCGUCUCGUUCUUGUGACUAUCCUAUAAACUUAUAUUGUGACUGUCCUAACACAUUUCUGUGUUACAGAAGGAUAUUCUAAUGAAAUAGGCUUUUUAAAAUCAAAGCAGAUUGAAGCAUCCUGAAGGUUAAAGCCCCACUUGCUAUUAGAUUUACCAUUUUGCAUCAGAUGGUUUGGAAAGUUUUUAAACUUGCAUUUAAAGUUUGAAUUCAUGUUUCAGUCAUUUGUUGGAAUGAACUUUAAAUGAGUAGGAGUAACUAAUACACUUGAGAGGUUAUUACAUAUUGUCGUCAUAGUUUUAAAACUGUACAAUUGACAAUGUCAAGAUCACAUCACAGCUUACUAUGAAGUCAUAAGAUGCACCUUAUUUUGUUAAGAUUAGAAGUUAAUAAAUAUAAUUAUAUUUAGUGCCACUAAAAUAUAUUGAAAGCUCUUUAAAUCAGAUUAUGAAAGACCCAUUAUAGCUUAUGUCUUUAUGUAUAUUCUGCAAAUUUUCACUUUUGGAAACCUAGACAAUGCGCUUUCAAACCACAGAUCAUCAGAAAUAUUGCAUGGAGCGUGCAAUAUUGAAUUGCAUGAAUGUGUGACACAAAAUGAGUUUAAAAUUCAUAUUUCCAAAAGGACAGUGAGAUGUCGAUGUCAGAAUAUGUGGACAUACCGGACGGAUUUAGAAUAAUCUUGACGGUAAAACCACAGGUAGUGUUCUUGAACUUAAAUGGUACACCGUCACGCACAUUAGAACACCUUAAAUUUAGGUUGUCACCUAUUAUUACAAGUAUAGUACAAUAGUGCUAGUUUUCAAGAGAGGAUCUCCUGCAUGUAAUGGUGUUAAUCCACAUGCAUACAGAAACAUACCCAUUAAUGUUAACACAUUAAAGUUUCAAGAUAGAUUCUUUAAAAAAACAUUCAGUCCUCUACUGUCUGUGAUUUUAAAACAGUUUCAGUUUUUUCAGUGUGUUUAUUGUCAUUAUCAAUAGCUCCUUCACAUUUAGUUUUAAGUAUAAUCCAAUAAACAGCAUAAACCGAAAUAUACAGACACACCAAAUAAGAUAUAAUCUCUCUCUCUCUCUCCUGCACAAUAUCUCUGUUAUUUCUGUAGGGAGACAUCAGUUAGUUUUGAGGGAGUAUCUAUAGUAUACUCAGAUUAUGUAUUGUCCAGAGUGUUAAUUUUUUGUCUUGAAUUAUUUGGAUACUUAAUUUGUCGGUCGCUUGGUUCCAAAGUUACCCUCUUCAAAGUUUCAUUGCUUUAUUCUAGAUUGCUGCUUAAACUGUCAUUCAUUCGUCAUUUAUAAAGAAUCUUCUGUAAGAGUAAAAAUAAACCGGCAACAGAUAAAUGUGGGUAACAUUUAUGUUAAAUGAGAGAAAGAUCUGGAGAUCUUGUAAGGCUGUUUAGAGGGCCAUUGAUCUGCUUCCGAUGUUGGGCCCUGUCUUGAUACAUUUUUAUUUCCCAUUUUUAUCUCACUUUUCCACUGUUGUCCUGGACUACGGACAUUUAUUAAAUUGUAAUGUUGAAACAUUUCUGUAGUCUUGAUUUAGUAAUAUCUCCCUCUUCACACCUGACCUGUCUGUUUAUUCUUAUAUUCUUAUAUACUUUUGGUCUUGUUACCCCUGCAGCAGUUCCCCUUACCUCCUCAUCUGAACAGUGAGAGAUUUUAACUUGUAUAAUUAGUCUAAUAUUCUGUCUGUUAGUAAUCUUAGACAAGAGUUGGUAACAUUCUCAACAGUGAACCAAGAAAUGUACUUACCAUCUUUGGUAUCAUUCAGUUGUGAAAUUUUUACUUUUUAAUGUUAUUACAACUGCUACUCCUUUGACCGUUGCUACAUUUAGUAUUAAAAUUUGCUUAGCAGAACUAGAUAUUUUUUAACUGUAAUGAUUGCGAUUUUCCUCACCUGUAUUUUGUAUGGUAUUGUUUCAAGCCACUUCACCAUUAUGAUGUAAUUUUCACUACUUCACCGCUGCGUUUUUUCCAUACUUAUUUGAAAUUCGAAUGCCAAGUAAUUUUAAGCAAAUGUUUCUCUGUUUUCCUGUACAGUCUACAUUUGUUUGUGCAACUGAUUAAUUUUGUGGUGAAGUAAAUUUUUGGAACCAUUUCCAAUUCAAUCUCUCUGUUGAUCUCGCAUACAUAAUAUGCAUUUACGCGCUUUCAGUAAAGUGAUUUUUUAAAUUACAUAUAAUGUCCGUCAUUGGAUAAAAUUAAAGAAAAUGUGAUGUUCACAUCAUCUUGGUGAAUUGCUGCUAAAUCUUGUAUUGUCCAGUUUCACUGCUAAAUUGAAGUUUUGUUUUGUCCUCUCAAGCUUGGACACAGCUUUUGAUAUUGAUUAACCCUAGAACACUUCAUUAACUCCCAUGUACAUGUAUUGUCUCUCUGAAAUAUGUAGCUUCAAUGGUAGUCAUCGAUAGGUUAAGUGUGAACACAUACUGUAACCAUAUACACAAACGCUAUUUGGUAAAGAGUCUUGCCUGUGCAUUCCUGUAGAUUUGUGUCUGGACCUCAGAUCUGACUCUUGCUUUAUAACUGUUACCCCGUAUCCUGGCUGUGUAACCCUUCACUCCACAGGACCACAUGUGUGCUCUUAAAUGAUGCUGACCGGUUUCAAUCCUAGUCUGAGAACAGCAAUGUGUUGUGUACAGUGGCCCAGUGACAUCCUACACUUCGAAUAUCUUUUUAUUUUCUCUGGUUCCCCACUGCUCUGUAGCAUGUGGCCUCCCUUAGCCCUACGACAGUCAAGUCACCCAGUCCAUUUGUAGGCAACACAUUCUGCCGUCUAUUCUUGGGAAAGUGAUCCGUUCAUCAACACCAAACGCAUUGAUGCAUGCAUCAAGAUCCCCGAAAAACUUGUGAAGUGAAGGGUAAAGUUCAUUAUUAUUAUUGCUGUUAUGGUUAUGAUCGUUAUUAACAAUUUCUCAUUUUUAGUAUAAAGAAAGCACCUGAUUGUUUGGAAAGAAAUUUUCUUUUUAAUUUGUCUUGCUGUUGUGGUCUGAUUUCACAAUGGAUUGGGGGAAAGCCAAAAGGCUCGAGAGAGAGAGUUAAAGUCGGCAGUCAUGUUUGUAUGGUUGGGAAAUGACUUCAGUGCUGAAAUAAAAUUUAUUCUUUUAGUAAAACA